UUGUGACAGCUAGAUUUUGUCAUAACCAAAAAUAUUUAUAGAUAAAAGUGGAUAAAUAGUGUUAUAAAUAAAUAGUUUUAGUUUUAUUUUUUGUUGAUCGCGUUUUUUGGCUACAAAUCAUUUUUAUUAAAAAUAAAUAACGCCGAUAUUAAAAUAGUUGCUGAGAAGACAAAGAUUAUUAUGGCUCAAAGCCAAAAAGCUCCAGGACAUGUCUCUCCACUUAAUAUUUUUGAGAAAACAUAAUCAAGCAGAACGUCUUUAUUAAGAAAAUGUAACAAUUAUUGUCAAGAAUGAUAACAUAUAAGACUGGCAUUUAUUACUCCAAAAAAAUUUAAACCCCAAAACAUAAACAAAUCGUUUCAAAAAGUGACUUAUAGGGAUAAAGAGUUUUAAUUUUUCAAAUCGCUACAACGAUGGCUGAAGACCGGAAAAAAUUUUAUUGUCGUGAAUGGGCCUUUCAGAAACUUCUACAUUGUUUAGACCAAAGACCUGUCUCCAAAACUUGUGGAGCUUUGUUGCUUGGAAGUUCAGGGUGUGGAAAAACCACGUUUUGUUCAGAGUUAUGCUGGCCCUCUCAGGGACCUCCUGGCAGACAGCAGAGGGCUUUAAACAGAAGACUUCUAUGCUAUCACUUUUUACAAGGUCAUAACGAGAAAAGUCUAUCUUUAAGUGAAUUUGUUAGGUCUCUGGUAACCCAAAUACUGAAUCACUCAACUGAAAGUCAUAAAGAGAGAAGCAUGCGACGAAAACUAUCACAGCAAAAGGACAAGACGGAAUGCAUAAGCCCUAGCCAAAACGCUUCUGAGGAAAAAGCGCAGGAGAGUCUUUACAGUAAUAUUUAUGCAGGAAACUUACUGUCGCCUAAUUCAGAGGCUAAACGAAUACCAGAUCCACCUCCGGUAUCCAAUGUUGUUCCUCCCAACCCUCGAACUGUUAUUGCUGAUGCCUAUUUAGAAAAGUUAAAGGCAGAUCCCGAAAUUCAAAUAGCUCUUAGAGCAAAAAAUAUUGAAACUAACCCAGAUGACUGUCUCAAGCGGGCUUUACUUUUUCCUUUGUUGGAAAUAGAUCCACCCAAAACUUCACUUUUUAUUUUAAUAGACUCUAUAGAUGAACACUCUUUUAUCUAUUCAAAUUCAACAUUAACUAGGUCAAAGCCACGAGAAAGAAGUUCUCAAUCACGCACCAUAGCCGAGCUGCUUGCUAAUCAUCAUCAUCUUUUUCCCCAGUGGCUCCUGUUGGUUUGCACAGCGAAAAAACAGUCAAAGAGUAUUGCUAAAAUGUUUACUGGUUUUAGAAAGCUAAGUCUUGAUGACUUGAGAAAAACACAAGUAGUCAGGGAUGUACAACAAUAUAUAUUAGCUCGAUUAGAUCAAGAAAACAGUUUAAGGCAGCAUAUAAGUAGAGACACUGCGGAAAUGCUUAAUCAGUUACAUAUCAAGAGCAAUGGCUGCUUUUUGUACUUAGAGAAAGUAUUGGAUGGAGUUGCCGAAAAUUUUAUAGUGUUAAGAGAAGUACGUGAAAUUCCUGGGACACUUAAUGGACUCUAUCUAUGGCUUUGCCAGCGCUUGUUUAAUAGGAAACAAUUUGCUAGAGUACAGCCGCUUUUGAAUGUUAUAUUAGCUGCCAAGUGCGCUCUUAAUGAGGCCCUCCUUUUUGAUGUAGUAAAAAUGAAUAACUCAAAAAUGACAGCUGAAGAUUUCAGAAAGCGAUUUAACCUUUUGAAAAAGGUUAUAGUGAUUUCUCGAAAUGGGACAAUAAGGUUAUUUCACCACUCGUUUGCGGAAUGGCUAUUAGAUAUUAAACAUUGUACCCAGAAGUACUUGUGUAAUAUUUUUCACGGCCACUGUAUUCUUGCGAUGUAUUAUACAUUACACGCAAAAGCGUUGAAUAAUCAGGAAAUAUAUGACUAUGUAUUCCAUCUUACCAGAAUGGAACAAUUUUUAAGUGAAAAGCCCAAUCAAAAAUGUCCAACAUUAAUGUAUAAACUAACUCAGGAGAAGUCCCAAAAUUUGGAAGAGAAUUCCUUAGACAAGACAUCCACUGAGAUUUAUUCAGAUUUGAGGGCAUUACAAGAAUUGACAAAAACUUACGAAAAAGAACUGGAAUUGAAUCAUAUGGAAGCUUUAGAAAGUAGUUUUGCCGACACAGACACUAGUCAAAAUAAUCUAGAUGCUAAUUUUGAAGAGAAAUUAGAAGCAAAGUUUGAGAAUAUACAUUUAAAGAGUCCGGUUUCCGAUAAGCACCCAAUUUAUGCUGAAGUUAAUAAAUUAAAUAAAACUUGUAAUCAGAUUUCCAAAAAUAUUGAGGUUUCCACCAACCCAAUAAUGAUUACAAGCUGUGAAAAUAACUUGUUGGUCAAUGAUUACACUAAUACAGCUUCCUCCUCUGGGCACAAUUUAUUAACAGUGUUUGAUGAUUCAGUGCCAACCAAAAUCUCUAGUCAUCCGGUAUUGGAUCUUCACACACUCACAGUGCUCUGGCUGAUUCAGAGCGGAUGCAAUGUAGAAGAAUGUUUACUGGAAGGGAAUGAAAUGGCUGGAGUUAAUUUUGGAGCUUUUUUGCCGACAGAUCAGAAAGUCCUGAAGUUGUUACUAGAAGCAGGGGCGGUGGAGCAGCAAGAUAUUUCUGGAUGCGAGUAUGAAAGCCAGAUGUCACUUGCCAGCACUUCUAGCGAGCAGUCCCCAGAACCACUUUUUGAUUUGCAGGACCUUCAUGGGCAGGCAGCCUUGCACGUUGCUGCUCGGUUAGGACAAAGUCAGGUUGUUAAGGUUCUUCUAGAAUCAGGGGCAAAUGCCAAUCAAGCUGACAUAGACGGUUGGACCCCUCUAAGAGCGGCAGCGUGGGGAGGCCAUACAGAGGUUGUCGAACUUUUAGUCAAACAUGGGUGUCAAUUAGAUAGCGUGGAUGCUGAAAAUAGAACCGCUUUAAGAGCCGCUGCUUGGAGUGGUCACGAGGAAAUAGUGAAAAUUUUGCUUCAGAAUGGAGCAAAUGUCAAUUUGACAGACCACGAAGGCCGAACUGCUCUUAUAGCAGCAGCCUAUAUGGGUCAUAGCGAAAUAGUAGAUCAUCUGCUUGACUAUGGGGCCGAUAUUAAUCAUGCAGACGCUGAUGGCAGAACAGGUUUAUCAGUAGCUGCUUUAUGUGCACCAAAAACCCCAGGCACAAGUGUCGUAUCAACACUUUUGGAACGAGGGGCAACUGUAGACCAUAAGGAUAAAGAGGGAAUGACCCCUUUAUUGGUUGCUUCUUUUGAAGGGCACAGGGAUGUAUGCGAACUUCUCUUAGAAAAUGAGGCCGAUGUCGAUCAUUGCGACAAUAGCGGCCGAUCACCACUAUGGGCGGCCGCCAGUAUGGGGCAUGCACCGGUAGUGGCCCUGUUACUUUUUUGGGGCUGUGCAAUAGAUACAAUGGAUUCCGAAGGACGGACAGUGUUGUCUGUUGCUGCAGCUCAAGGAUGUGUUGAGGUCGUUCGACAGCUAUUGGACAGAGGUCUGGACGAGCAACAUAGGGAUAACUCCGGAUGGACACCUUUGCAUUAUGCUGCUUUUGAAGGCCAUCACGACGUAUGCGAAGCGCUAUUAGAAGCGGGAGCGAGAAUAGAUGAGACUGAUAACGAGGGCAAAGCUGCUUUGACCCUUGCUGCCCAAGGAGGCCAUAUAACUUUAGUAAAUAUGCUUUUAGAUAAAUACAAUGCGCCUGUAGAUCAAAGACCGCACGAUGGAAAGACUGCAUUAAGGUUAGCCGCAUUAGAAGGACACUACGACAUAGUACAAAUUUUAGUUUCUCACGGAGCUGAUCUGAAUUCCAAAGAUGCUGAUGGCAGAAGUACGUUGUACGUUUUGGCGUUGGACAAUCGACUAGCAAUGUCAAAAUACCUUUUGCAGCAGGGGGCAGAUGUGGAGACUAGAGACUUAGAGGGUCGAACCUCUCUGCAUGUGUCCUCCUGGCAAGGACACACCGAAAUGGUUUCUAUGCUAUUAGAUUACGGUAAAGCGCAGGUUGACGCUUGUGAUUUAGAAAAUAGAACUGCCUUACACUCUGCCAGCUGGCAAGGUCAUAGUGACAUUGUUAAGAUUUUACUUGAACAUGGAGCGCUGCCAGACCACACUUGUAAUCAAGGUGCAACAGCUUUGGGCAUAGCAGCACAAGAAGGUCAUGAACUUUGUGUAGUAGCUUUAUUAGAACACGGUGCUGAUCCCAAUCAUUCUGACUCUUGCGGUCGAAACGCUUUGAGAGUGGCUGCAAAGUCUGGACAUCGAGCCGUGGUUAGGUUAUUAGAAGACUACAAUGCCACAAGAUCAUCUCAUGGGCAUCCGCAGGCAAGCAUAUCUGCUCACACUAGUAGCAGUGCGAAUUCAAUUGCUUCGACUUCAACAGUAGAUACAAAACCUUCUUCAGCAAUAAUGUACCCAAUUGGCAACGGUGAUUGGACAGAUCAGCAACGGAGAUCAAUGGUUUCGCUUGGCAACCACAGUUCAAACUCCAAGUCAAGUUCCAAUCUAACAGGAUCUAGUCAUUCAAGUAGGCACGGUGAUCGGCAAAAGGAAGCACAACAAAAUAUGCAGCCUAUGUCUUUUACGCAACAAUUACAGCAGUGUUCUAGAGGUGGUAAGACAAGACCAUUAAGCAAGUUACUCUCUCCAUUACAAAGCGAGCCGCAAAGCCCUAUUUACGCUUCCCCACCUUUAAGCCCGGUUCAUGAUAGUUCAAAUAACGCUUUUGGUGCAAUGAACAUCUACCAGCCAGUACUAAGGCACAAUAACUUUGCGAAAGUACCUGACACUCAUUUCGCACGUGAUACUCAUAUGAGGAUCAUCUUGGGAAAUUCUGGAAACUCCAUUUUUGGGUUUAAAGAUAAGAAGGGGGAAGAUAAGAACGAUAAAGAUUCGAAUAGUAAACAUAGCAAUCAAAAAUCUAAACGAAACGGUAUUGUUACAAAUCCUGCACUUCGAUUGGUGGCCAAUGUGAAAAACGGACUCGAUACAGCGGCGGCAAAUCUUCGCAAGUCCACAUCUGGAGCAAAUCCCGCAUCAAAAACAAACAGUUUUCAUUGGCGAAAAGAGACCCCAUUGUAAUAUAAAAGUAGACACUAAUGUUUUAGUUUAUGUGUGAAAUUAUACUAGUCAGUCAAGUGGAUUAAACUCGAAACACUAAUAAAUUAACUAGUGCUGAUAGAUACAACUCCUAGUCUUAUAAGAUAUCAAAUAGAUCCACUUUUGUUUUCUUAAUCGUAUGUUUCGGGCCUAAGUUUUCAACGAUAAAGGAUUUUGCUUUCAAGUUUGUAGGUUUUAGUAGGUAUUUGUGAUAGAUCACCAUAGGUUUAAUGGUUAGUUAGUAUUAGAGAAUUAGCUUGUACUCGGCUACAUAUGGAAAAUGUAUCUAUAAUAAAGCUAAAUAUAAAAUGCCAAUGACAUUAACAACUACUUAUUUUAUGGGAAAUUCAUCAGGGGCAGUUCUUGUGUAUGUCGUUGACAUUUGGCAUUUGAUUUACUAUGAAAUAAUAGGAAUUGAGAAGACAGGAUA